CCCCACCGCCAUCGUUUCCAGCUUCACACCCUUCUGCUUGCCUGUGUGUUAGUUUUGACGUCGCUCUUGGAUUUAGCUUGCUGUCGAGCUCCUGUGACUUUCACUGCACCGCGGGAUCAAUCGAGAUGGAGAAAGCAGAGGCCACAUCGGAGCUCCAGUCCAGACUGUCGUCUCUGUCCGUCUCCUCUUUCUCCGGCAUCGCGUCCAAACCCUGUGACUCCAACCCUCUGGACAGACUACAAAGCACAGAUCUUUCUCAACCCGUAAUCCACCCUGACAACCAGAAGCAGAUGGAUGACAACAGCAACACCAAAGAAUUACAGCAACCCACCAAGGAUGAACCAGCUGCAGAAGGAGACUCUGUGGAAAGCAGCACAGCUGAAAAAUCCUCUGAAGCUGGAGAAAGAAAAGCCUUGCCACCUUUGCAGCCAGUCAACACAUGGACCUCUGUGACCCUGAAAGAGCUGAAGGCUAAGCUGCGUCAAGAGAAGGACAGUGUGGUCACUGUUUACCGUGGAGACAUUAUGACCGUCCAUGUACCUACCAUCCCUGAGGCCAAGCGUGUGUGCUGGGAGUUUGCUACAGACGGAUACGACAUCGGGUUUGGGGUUUACUUUGACUGGACACCUGUUACCACCCGAGACAUAACGGUGCACAUCAGUGAAUCCAGUGAUGAUGAGGAUGAAGAUUAUGAGCUUGAAGCCGGACCUGUGAUUCCUGGAGACGUGGAGAAAGGGUCUAAAACGGCAGCCAAGUCUAAUUUGGGAGAGAUCCUUCCUGUGUACCGUCAGGACAGUCACCUGGCUGUUCAGGGGGGAAGUCACAGUUUUCCAGGAGAAGGCACAUACCUCAUAAAGUUCGACAACUCCUAUUCCUUAUGGCGGAACAAGACUCUGUACUACAGAGUGUACUACAGUGCCUGAGGAACCAAGUGCACAUCUUCAGAUGAAUGUUUUGAUAAUCUAUAUUUUUGAUCUAUCUAUCUAUCUAUCUAUCUAUCUAUCUAUCUAUCUAUCUAUCUAUCUAUCUAUCUAUCUAUCUAUCUAUCUAUCUAUCUAUCUAUCUAUAUAUAUAUAUAUAUAUAUAUAUAUAUAUAUAUAUAUAUAUAUAUAUUUAUAUAUUUACAACACUGUACACAUAUCAUGUUAAUUCAUACACUGACCUUUAUUUCAGUGCAAAUUUUAUUGUGUAGAUGCUAAACCAAACGCAGCCAAUCAGAUUUGUUCUAGUCUAUACAAAUGGUUUUUAAGCUUGAGUAGAAUCAUGUAGCUUGGUCAGUGUGCAAAUGUGUUUUGUGUAUUUUUCAAAUGUGUGUAUGAUUUGUGAAGUGCCCAUAUACAAGUUUUAUAUUUAUAUUGUCUCGUUGCACCACAACUGUGGCCUCAGUAAUCAGGUAGUAUAGUGGUUCAGGGAAAGAUGAAAGCAAAUUAAUGCAUUGCUCAGUUCUGUAUGGUGAAUAAAGGACCUGACUCAGGUGAUGAAUACUAAAGGAUAUUUUUCAUAUUUAUAUUCAGUUCACAGACAAAACACAGUCAGCGCUAAUUCUGCAGUUACCUGAGAUGUAUUGACAUGUUUAUUGUUGUAUCAUAGAGGUACCUUUUCUGUACAAUAUCUAAUCUAAUUUCUGUCUAAUCCAAAUACCAGCUGGGUUGCAGUGAUACAAAUGCAAACCAAACCCUCAGACACACAUUCAGACUUCAACUUGUUUUCUUUUUUCUUUUUUAACCUGCAUAUACAACAUCCAUUAACUCAGUCACCAGGGAUACUGGCCAUAGCCUGCCUUUUUAUGACUUAAGUGCAAACUGUUUCCUGUCUCGAAAAGCCAAGUUGUAAUAUAACUAAUUCAAUAUUUACAUGGCCCACCAGGUAGCAUUUGGUGGAGGGGGUUGAGGUGGUUUGAUGCCUGUUUGUUUUCUGCAUUGUCAGGUUAUUGUAAAGAUUGGUAAGCUAUUAAACUAGUGUAGAAGCAUCUUAUGUGCUGCUUUCUCUAUGUAUGAACAAUGUUCUACACAAAGCUUUGUUGACAAUCGAGUGUUGUGCCGUAUUUUUCUGUUCAAUUUUUUUGUACUACUUGUUCAUGAGUACCGAAUGAAAAAUGUGUUGAUUUGAGGAAGAUACUUGCUAUAAUGUGGGCAAUUCAGCAGCUUGAGGGAGUGUACUGUCCAUAUACCUGCACUCUGUGUAUUCACACACCUAGUUAUUUGCAUGUUUCGAAAGGGACCCUUCAACUGUGCUGCUGAAAUACCCUAUAUUGCUGUUGUGCUUUUUUUUUUUGUUUGUCAUGUUGUCAGUGUUUGUGAUGUAUGAAUAUAUUACUGGUCUGCUUUUACUCUA